AUGGAGGUAGAUCACACUCCCUGGCGUAUUAUCUUGUACUUUUUUGACGACCUCCGUCUGACAUUCAAUCGGUCUCUUGAUCAUUUAGAACCAUGGCAAGUGGUUAUGUACACACUGUCCACUGUUUUGUUCAUCCAGUGGUUCCGAAAAGUGGUCAGAAUUGAUGAUGGGGCAUCUGUGCAUGGAUCGGUAAAGCUGAUUCUAUUAAGUGAAUACAGGUUCUUGCAGUUCCAUCAGGUUAUGCUCAAUUUCCCGUUCUAUAAGGACAAAAUGAAAUUGCUGCGAGAGGCGGCAAGAAAAGAGAUAGAGGAGAAACUAUUGCGUCCAGAUCUUCAGCGAGAAUUUUAUAAAUUCCUCCCGGAAAAAGGGUUGGCUGUAUCUGAUAUCGUUGCCGAGGCGAUCGAAUACAAGUCCAUGGGAGACCCCUUGUUCGAGCGGGGUAGAGUUAGCGGUGCCGCGUUUUCUGACAACAAUGACGAACAGACGAAGUUGUUGACUAAGGUGGGGUAUAACCACCGAGAUUAAAUUUUUGUAGGUAUUCGAAUUGUACGCUUACACAAACGCCAAUUUCCCUGAUAUCUACCCAGGUUGUCGAAAAAUGGAGGCCGAGAUUAUUCGCAUGUUGUGUGCUUUAUUUCACGGCGGCACACGAUCAAGUGGAACAGUUGCGACUUCAACUGCUGAAACUGCAAUCCUGGCCUGCCUGGGUAAUUUCCACGCCGUAGAAAACGUUUUUUUCUAGCUUACCGAAACUAUGCUAUGAGAAAGGGGAUACGUAAACCUGAAGUGAUCAUUGGGAGAAAUGCAGAUGUGUCCUUUUUGGAAGCAGCUAAACUUCUUGGUCUCAGAGUUGUUCAUAUCCCAAUGAAUGAGAAGCAUCGGAUCGACUUAGGUGCUGUCAAACGCGCAGUUUCACGGGAGACGUGCAUGGUAUGCUACAGUAGCGAGUUUCUAUUUGUUGCAGAUUGUGGCGUCUGCGCCUAGCUGUAUCACUGGAAUUAUGGACGACGUUGAAAAGAUUUCUGAGCUUGCUUUGCGGUACGGAAUCCCGGUUCAUGUUGACGCUUCGAUUGGCGGCUUCUUGUUGCCUUUCAUGGAACAGUGUGAUUAUGCCCCUCCGAUGUUCGAUUUCCGUUUAUCAGGGGUGACUUCAAUUGCGGUUGAUCUUCAUAAGGUAAUCAAUGACUUUUGCGUGUUAAUGAAUGUCUAAUUUAGUACGCGUAUACUCCCGUUGGGUCAUCUGCAAUUCUCUAUAGAGAGCACUAUUAUUUGAAAGAGCAAUGUUUCUCCGAUAUUCAUUGGCCCGGAGGUAUUUAUGUAUCGCCGACGCUAAGUGGAUCGAGGCCCGGAAGUCUUCUGGCUUUGACUUGGGCAACACUACUGUUCAACGGGAAAUUGGGAUUUGUUGAGAGAACCCAGAAGGUUUUAGAUGCGACCCAUUGGCUUAAGGAGAAGUUGAAAGAAUCUCCGCAUGUUGAGAUCAUUGGGGAUCCUGUUCUUGCUUCUGUGGCAUUCCAAAGCAAGAAUCCAAAUGUUCCGUCGCAUUUAUUGGGCGAUCUUUUGAACGAAUUGGGAUGGAAUCUGGCAUUCAUCCAGUCUCCAGAAGCGUGAGAAUUUCUUGAACUGCCAUUAUUUUUACAGGUUGAGAUUUACCGUGACUAUAAAACAGGCAUCUGCAGAAAUUAUUGAUGAGUUCAUCGACGAUAUGAACAAGUCUUGCGAACGGUUAGCAAGUGACCCGGACGUGAAGAAUUUCCCUAAGAAGACGGUAGGAUUUUAAUCCUAUUACAGAUCAAAUUAACUGGCACACUCUUGAACACUACUUUUAGCAUGUUUUCUUCGGAGUUUCCUCAUCCUUUGUGGAUCGCGGGAUAGCCGAAGAAUUGCCCUCUUUGUAUUUGGAUGCCUUUUAUGCGACCCCUAUGGUCCCUCGCCGCUCGAACAGAACUCUGAGCAUCGAGGGAAGGAAACUGAGUCACAUUCCAGGUAUUUAGAAGACAAAUGUUUGUUUUUAAUUACUUUUACAGGUUCUAACAGUUUCAACCUGUUAGAGCAGCUGAACUCCAAUUCUAUGCCAUCUAGAUUCGCUAACAACCUCGAGACCCAAGCCGAGGAGUAACUGAUUUUAUCAGUCCCACCAUAACCAUAAUUACUUAGUAUCCUAUAUUUUAUUUUUGGAACCGCAUUUUUCUCUAGCGUUGAUACGUGUAUGCAGAUCCUGCAGCUUUAGAUCCCGGAUUCUCUUUUCAUUUACGGUAUUCCCGAAUAAAGAGUAAUGAUUAUCUGAGUGGGAGAUCAGCCGAAGAGAUGGCGAACGAGGUCGUUCGCCUUUUGCUCUCGACUUCUUAGUUGCUCAACUGGCAAUAAACCCAAUAAAUAAGGGUGUCCGUUUUUCGAGGCAAAAGAAAUUCUUCAGGAAGGACGUCGUCGGCGCCACGAUCUACAGGCGAGAAAGGGGGCGAACCGGGAGACGGCCUUCACUUGUCGAGCGUUUAAAGGCCGGCAUUUUAAGUAAGAAGGGAAAGAAAGAAAGAGUGGUAGGUAGUAAGGCAAAGGUAUCGGCGAGAAGUCGCGCGAAAAUCUCUAUUUUACUCGAAGCCGUCGCCCUUUAGCAUUUGUUCUUCUCUCUCUCAUCUCAUCAUCAUGGUCGUCAUCUGCUUCGUUAGAGCGACAACACUUUUUCUUUCUUUCUUUAAGGGUUCACGUCUCAUCAGAGCUCGUUUUGCUGACUGUUCAUCCCAUUUCUGUUCUCUCGGAUCAGUAGGAUGUUGUAAAAGGGGUGAACCCACCGUUUUCUAUCGUUUUGAUUUCUGGAUUUUGAUGAUUAUUGUUGUUAUUGCAAUCUCGACUCGGUUUUAACAAAAAAUGUGCGGACCGAGAUUCUUUGGAGUAUUCCAGCAAAAUUCGUAAUUUGUCGAGCGGAUGCCGAUGACCUCUUUGUGAGCAAGGUAACUGCGCAGUCUGUUUUGUAACCACGUAAUCAGUGAAUAUUUUUAUUUCUUAAUUUUCAUACAACCAAAGUUUUUCUGUGUUUUUGACACAUGUUUUUAUAUAGUCGUUUGAUUUACUCGCUCAAAACGUCCUUAGUGUUCCGUGAUCAGGCCUGGGACAUGUGUUGUGUGACAAGAGAGCCGUCCUCUCCCUCGACAUCCGCUUUAUUGAAUAGUAUCGUUAAUCUCUUCGUUCUAGAUGAGCCGGAUUUUCUGGCUUUUGUCAAUGUUUUGCGCAUUGGCCAGGAGUUCUGGUCUGGGUUUCUCAGUUGGGUCCAAUGCGGCAAGCCAACUUGCACAACAUGCUGUCCAUUCGAUACUACAACAGCCAAAGCAAAUACAAAUCGAAGUCAGGAAUGCGGCGAAUCCCUGGUUCGAACCGAUCGCCCAUUUGAACACAAAGGCCAAGAUUAUGGUGGAUGAGAUCAAAGUUCGAUUCCAUCACAGCUUGGUUGACCUAAAGAUGCACAACUUUAGUCUGAAAAGUUACACGGAGAUGGUCGUUUUGCCUUUGCCUUUCUUUUUGGGCGAAGAUGUGGCCCAUUUCUCGGCACAGGUAAGUAUUUUAUCAUCAAAAUUUUAUGAAUUAUAUGUGAUCAAGCGUUAUUUAUCAAGUCAGUUGUGUUUUUUUAUUAUCAUCUUCAGAUUCCAUUGACAGACCUUCAGUUCCGAGUCCAUGACAUGAGUGUGAUGAUGGAGAACUGUGGAGUGGACGAGGUGUUUCUGGAUGUGCUCAUGGAACGCGGCUACUUUCUGAAUUGGAUUCUCAAGCCCCUUGCUGGACUCGUUCCCGCUUCCCUUCUCCGCGACUACGUUUGUACAACAUUAUCCGAUCAUUUGGGCGCCUUACGCAACCGGUUCGCGGUGUGAGUCAAGUCUGGGUCCCUUCUUAUAAGCCAAUUCUUUUGUUUCAGCGAGUUCCCCCUCAUCUCGCUGGUACCUCCCAAAUUCCAACAAUAUCUCCAUUCCAAGAACACUACUCUUCGGAUCCAUCUACAGUCAAUUGAAGCCGAUAAAGAACAACUAACUCUGUCGGCAGGAGUUGAUUGGGCUGAAGCUUAUUUCCCUGAAGAGGUCGUAAGUUCAACGAAGAUGGAAACGGAAGAGCCGGAGGAAGAACCCGAACUUCUGAGGUCAUUGGCCAUUGCUGAUCCUGAGAGUGAAGCCAUGGAGAGGAAUCUGCAGCUUUGGGUGGAAGACCGACUUGUGAACGAGGUCAUGGACAAGUUCGAUUGGGACUUUGAAUGGAUGAAUGAGGACAUUGCCGUUAACAGCGAUAAACUCCCCAGAUCCACGCGUGAUUUCUUGGCCGUCCUUUGUCCCACCUGUUUCUUCGAAUUGAGAGUUUCGGCUAAUGGAGUUCCUCAUGUUCAGAGUUCGAAUUCUUCAAUGACACUCAAAAAGUAGGCCAAGCGAUAUGCCAUCUUUUUUAAAUUUAUUUAGCAAAUCGCCCGAUACCGUAAAAUGAUUCAUUUUUGAUGUGAUGAGGAUCAAUUAUGAUCCACAGUUAUAUUUUGUAUUUUAGGAGUGAUCGUAUCUUCAUCAAGGUCGUUAACCCCACCACGAACACGGAUUCGGUUUUUGUUUCCCUCUACCUGACCCUAACCAUCCAACUGAUUCCCGAAGUGAAUGACGGAGUCUUCCGAACUCAAGUCAAUCUUUUAUCUACGGAUAUUCGAAUGGAAGAAGGGGCCUUCCCGUCAGCAUGGAAUGAGUUUGUCCAGGAUCUGGUCAAAGGGAUGAUCAUGGAUGUUAUCUGGCCGGGCCUCAAGACCGAGAUCGAGGCUCUCAUCUACUCGGAUGGCCUCAAAAUCCCUUCAAACUGUGGUUUGGAGCCGAUGUCAAUGAAACUACUAUUCGAUGAUGGGAAGUUCGGAGUUUCGUCGCGGCUCUUACUCGAUGAGUUAUAUCUAAAAGAAUGUCUGAAGCAAGUGAAGAGCAAACUCCCAGAUCCCGCAAAGCUGCUGGUCAUCAAGGAUAUGUAA